GAGACGACGGAUCUUGCUCCAUGUGUCAUUAAAAACUUCACAGAAAGAAAAAAAAUUAGUAACACAACAAAACGAUGACAUUUCAGAUAAAUCUACUUGUUGCUGGGGCAAUACUUCUUAACAUAGCAGGCUGUGUCUGUCAGUCAGACGUGUGUGGCAAAGCAGCUCUCAACACUAAAAUUGUUGGAGGCGGUGAUGCAACAUCAGGGUCAUGGCCCUGGCAAGUCAGUAUACAGAGAAUCAGUACUGGAAGUCAUUUCUGUGGUGGCAGUAUCAUCAAUAAAGACUGGAUUUUAUCUGCAGCUCACUGCUUUCAGAGCAUCUCUCCAUCUAAUAUUAAAGUCUCUUUGGGACGUCAGAAAUUAUCAGGCACAGACUCAAAUGAGAUAUCUAGAAAAAUAGACCAAAUCUUCAAUCAUCCCAACUACUACUCAAAUUUCCAAAACAAUGACAUAGCUCUCUUAAAGCUCUCUUCUUCUGUGCUGUUUACCAAUCACAUACAACCCAUCUGUCUGGCAGCUGCCGGUAGCACAUUUGGUGCGGGUACUAAGAGCUGGAUAACAGGAUGGGGAAAAAUGAAUUACGGAGAAACCCAGCUGUCAAACACACUGCAGGAGGUGCAGAUACCGAUUGUGAGCAACACUGACUGUAACAAAGCUUAUGGAGGUCGUAUUACAAGCAACAUGAUUUGUGCUGGUCUUACCACAGGGGGCAAAGACUCAUGCCAGGGAGAUUCUGGAGGUCCGAUGGUGUAUAACAACGGCGCCCUAUGGAUUCAGUCUGGUGUUGUAAAUUUUGGUAAAGAAUGUGCUCUACCUGGCUAUCCUGGUGUGUAUGCCAGGGUUUCCCAGUACCAGUCUUGGAUCAACUCUCACAUAAACAGUGAUCAGCCUGGAUUUAUUCAAGUUAACUCUACUGUAUCCAAUAGUUCAUCUUUAACUGUUUCUCACACAUUUUUCAUCCUCUUGUCAUCUUCCUUUUUCUCUUUGUUUAAAAAAACUGUACAAUAAGUGUAGACAGAUGAUAUAGUGCACUCCUAAAUAAGUUAUUGUUUUUAUUUAGUCAUUUUUGAUCACAUUUUGUUUUAAAGUUAAUAAAAGAGAAAAAAAUCUGGAUUUUGUAAUGUAAAGGGGUAAAAAGUAAAUUUUUCGCUUUGAUAAAUACAUAAAAAAAUAUUUGUAAAGCGACUGCAGUUGAUCUUAAUCCAGAUUUGAGGUAAGGAUGCCACCUGGCGCCCAAAUUGUGGAGCUGCAGGCACUUUUGCCACACUGUAAAAUGUUCUGUAGUUUUGCAGCAGGUUGCCAGUAACUGACUGCAGAUUUCAUUACUAGUUAAAACUUUCCUAUUAGUAGGUACUGUUUUCAGUUUGAUUAAACUUUACGUUACAUACUUUGACUUUUGAGAUAAAAAAAAACAAGAAGAGACUGAUCUCAUUAUAUUUGCAUUAGCACAGCAAUACUGCAAAAAAUGACAUUCUUCCUCAGCCUUUUUUCUUGCUUUCUAUUUUAUUUUUAAUGUCUUAAAUCACGAGACAUUCAGAUAACAAGAAGACAAGUGACCUAACAUAUUAAGUCUUAUUUACGAAAGCAAAUAUAAUAAUUUUAUUUAUGUUUCAAACAAAAUUGUAAAUUAAAUCUACAGUAAGUUACUGGGAAACUAGCUGCAAAACUACAGCAAAACUAAGUUUUACAGUGUAGCUUUUACAAACAGGCAUACUGACGGAAAAAUGCUUAUAAAAUUAUGAGUGAUAAUGCAUAGGCUACUUUUCUUUCCUGCAUAGCUAAAUUCCUAAAUAAUUUAACAUAUUUGCUACUGUUUAGUAUGGAGGACAGUUUCUGAAUGAUUGUCAUGACUGCACGACUUUUAAUGUUUAUCAAAGCUGAUGAAGAUGUCAUGGACUGACUAACACAAAAUCACCAGGAUCUUGAAGAAUUUGUUAUAGACAAUGGAAAAUAAUUAUUACACGAUAUAAAUAUUUAUUUUGUAGGCCUAUUUCAAAUUACAUAUCAUAGUCUCUGAUGAAAACUGUGUGACUGAACCAUUUGUAACGUUAGCUUGCCAAAUACAAAAGAAAAGUUAAGGCUGUUGAAAGUGGUCUGCUGAAAUUUCUCCCACAAUUUCAAUGUGUUUUAAUUAUGUGCUACAUUUUCUAAUCUUACAUAAAUAUUCUGUGCAGGGGUGUAGCUAGACCAAAAGCUCUACUGGGGCACAGGUCUCUAUGACCUUUUGAUCUCUUUAUACUUAUAAACCUGCUGUGUGCAAGAGCAACACGAUGCACUUGCUUAAACCACUAUUCCUACAGUGCAACAAUAGUGGCGAAGGUAAAUAUUUAUGUAUUUCA